AUCGGUUUGGUACGCCAAUGCGUAUCUACGAACGUAUAUGUCUGCAUUCCUCACUCGCUGGGAUUGUUGACGCAAAAGGGAUUCUUGAAACCAGGUGAUACUCCGUGUCUCCACUUGCAGAGGAAUAGCUGACUACCACAUGGAGGGCAAAGAGGAGAUCAGUGAUACUGACAGCGGUAUCAUUCUGCAGUCUGGCUCGGACAGCCCCACCGCGCCCGUGAAGGACGUGACCACCCACACCCGGGCCAUAAAGCUGAAGCAGCAGUCCCUGGAGGACCGGCUGGAGCUGUGUCUGCUGGAGCUGAGGAAGCUGUGCAUCCGAGAGGCCGAGCUGACGGGGAAGUUAUCGUCGGACUACCCCCUGCGGCCCGGGGAGCAGCCCCCACGUAUCCGCCGGCGCAUUGGAGCCUCUUUCAAGCUGGAUGCAGGCAGCAUCCUGCAAGCAGGAGAGAAUCCAGAGUUAUGCUCCCUGGAAGCAGACCUGGCCCUGCAGGAGCAGAUAUUCGAGGCGGCCCGCAAACUGUGCCGUGAGGAGCACCUCAGCAAGGCGGUGAAGAGGAGCCGUCUGCAGCAGCGCAAGCGUUCCGAGAGGAAGGUGAAGGAGCUGCGGGAGGCUGUGUUCCAGCUCCGGCUCAGACUCGGUCGCACCUCCCCCUGCCCUGGCAGCUCAGUGGAGCUCAGAGAUCCAGGCACUUCAGAUGACAGCUCUCUGUCUGAUUCUGGUUUGCUCGAUGAAGAAGAGGCUCCCAGCCAGUCUUCGGAGCCAUCCUUGGAGCCCCCUCCAUUACCAGACCCCCUCCAGUGUCCACAGGGCCCCCCACCAUCGCUGCAGUGCACUCCUGAACUGACCACGCCUCAGACCGAGGAGGUGCUGAGGCCUUGCAGUACCCCCAUCUACAGCCCUACUGUGGAUUACGAGCGCCCCCCAAUCCAGAAUUCUCCCUGGAUGGAAUCCAGUCUCGACCAGCCCUAUCAGAAGACAAAGAAGUCCCGCUCUGUCUGCAGCAGCCAGUCCAGUAGUCCAGCUUUGACUCCCGUGUCAACUCCAGUGGAGCCAUGGUUUGGAGACUCCACCCACCCCUGUCAUCUCACCCCCAUCAAGAACCCGGUGCUGCGCCACACCCAUUCCAGCAGCGCCCCCUGCACUCCCGAGAUGCACGUACGCCGCCAGCACUCGCAGUCCUUCAGGCUCCCCAAUAGAGAGUUGUCCUAUGACCCAGAUCAGAACUGGGGACGUUCCCGGUCUGUGCGGAGACGAGUGACAGACUUCGGCCUGAUGGGGGCGGAGCACUUGCCCCUGCGAAUGGACGUGGGAAACCCGCUGUACCACUCCAGCUCUGAGGACAGCAGCUCUGAGCACUCCGCGCACUCCUACGCCAGCUCCUCCUGCUUCGAGUACCCGGCGGAGGUGGCCAAACCGUGCCCGUCCCCUUACAGAUACCGCUAUGCUGGCCACCACAACGGCCCCAUGGCCUUCACCGGGCCCAGCUUCUACAAGAACCCCAUGCACCAGUCCACUCCCAGUUUCUACAGUCAGUACUUGGAGGAGGGGAUGGGCUACCCUCCUGAGGUGGACAUGAGGAGGCUGCAUCUCGGUCCGCCGCCAUCCCAGCACUGGUACGAAGAGGCCCCCCUGCAGCCAGUGCUGAGGCCCCUGCCUGCCCACGCCAGGCUGGCCCGCGCCCCCUCCCUCAGAGAGCACCCCCACCACCAUCACAGCAGAGGUCUGCCCCGAGACAUCGUGUCGGAGGGGCUCAAGUCCUGGCACCAGCGGCACCAAAGGACGCCGCGGCCCCGAUCCCUCGACCGGCAGGGCGCGGUCCGUUUGAAGAGCGUGCAGGAGCAGGACUCCCCCACUGCCCUCCUCCACCAGCAGCAGAAGCAGCAGAUGCCUCAGAGACAGAUCCUCCAAAGAGCUCCGGACGGGACCCCAGUGCAGUGGUUUGUGGAAGAGGACUCUGAGAUCAUCAGCCAGGUGUAGCUACAGGGUGCCCCUCUUCUACAGCAAGCCAGACUCCUCCCAGCGGACCUUAUUUAUUUAUUUAUUUGAGCUGGGGAUUUCAUGCUGGAAUUAAAGAGGUUGCUUGUAUUAAAGAGGUGUGUGUGUGUGUGUGUCUGUGGAGGGGGUAUGGGGGGCACUAACUCUUUCUCCGGGUCUGAGGAUGAUCUGGAUCUUAACACUUUGCAGUGGAGGACACAUCUUCCACCAAUCUUUUUUUAAUCAAAUGCUUCAGGUGCA